AUGUCGCGAUCGAGCAGUACCUUCCGUCGUUUCUAUACGGGGCAAACCCCUGAUAGAUCGAUAGUGGAUUCUCCUGCACCAUUGAAUCCCACUCCAUCCAGUGAAUCCAGGCAGGAGUUUAUACGAACACCUGUUCAAGCAUACACAGGACGUCUUGACCCUCACGUAGAAACCGAACCACCAAGUGUGCCCCCGCUCGCGCCCACACGUCCUAGAAGGGCAUCUCAGACUGUACCUUUCAACUCCUCGAAUCACCCAGUACCCUCUGUAGAGGAAUACCCAGAAGAAGGUCAGGAACCCCGAGCAGAUCCCUUUCGUACCAACAGGCAACAUACACGCCCUCCAGCUUCGUACAACAACUUCCCUGAGCAAAGUGCACGGUAUGGAGUAAUGCCUAGGAAUAACUGGGAUGCCAAUGCGUACCCUGCCUAUGCAGACAGUCCUGGCAGGCCAAACUACGAGAUGUACUACCCAUACUAUCAGGAGGCAUAUGGACGAUAUUCCGGUGCACAGGGUACCGGUGGGGGUAGAGGGCCUCCACCCCCAAUUCCAAGUGCAGAGGUGGCAAUGAGAUUGCCUUGGAUGAUUUGGAUGGGAAGCAAUGCAAAGAACCACUUUGUAGCAUUUGUCGGAGAAUUCGUCGGCACGACAAUGUUUUUGUUUUUUGCCUUUUCAGGCACUCAAGUCGCCAAUAUCAGGUCCGCUGCUGCGCCCCAAGACAACACUACGACAGGUGAAGCCGCUGGUUUCUCCCCUAUUGUUCUUUUGUACAUUGCCCUUGUUUUCGCAUUCUCCCUCAUGGUCAACGUCUGGGUCUUUUUCCGAAUCUCUGGUGGCUUGUUUAACCCGGCCGUCACGUUUGCUAUGCUGCUGUGUCGCGCACUGAGCCCCAUCCGAGCUUUCUUGUUGUUUUCGGCACAAAUGGUCGGUAGUAUAUUUGCAAGUUACUUGGUCAGUGUGCUAUUUCCAACGAACUUCAAUGUUAGAACGACUUUGGGUCAGGGAACGAGUUUGGCACAGGGAACAAUGAUUGAGGCUGUGUUGACAGCAGAAUUGGUCUUUACCAUCUUUAUGCUAGCAAAGGAGAAACACAAGGCAACCUUUAUUGCGCCUGUGGGAAUUGGUCUAGCUCUCUUUAUCGGUGAGCUCGUAGGCGUCUACUACACCGGCGGUUCUCUAAACCCCGCGCGAUCUUUUGGUCCCUGCGUGAUAACGGGUGUUUUCGAUGAAGACCACUGGAUCUACUGGGUGGGCCCCGGUGUCGGCGCUAUCCUCGCUCUGCUCUUCUACCAGUUCAUCAAGAUUCUCGAAUACGAAGUCGCUAACCCGGGCCAAGACGACGACGGCAGCAGCGAUCAGGAGAAUACCAAGGACGAAUGGGAGAAGAGAGAUGGCAGCGUGGACCCUGAGCUGGGUAAUGCGCAGGGACCGGGCCUCGCCCACAGUGCCAGUACCAUGCCACUCGCGCAGGCUGCCAGUCCCAUGCCUAUGACGGCUGGUGGUGCGGCGGUUCCGGCUGCACCGGGAAGCUUAAUUAACCCUGGUGUAGCAAGGAGUGCAAGCAGGGUCAGCGCCGAGGGUCGCAAGAGUGAGAGGAGUAUUUGA